AUGCUUUCAAUUUCAUCCAUUCAUUUCGAAAAGCACACGAUGUAUUUUAAGAAGUUAUCAAUGAAUGUUCUCAGUAGUGUUCAGUCGUUCUAUCACACACUGGUGCUAUAUUUGAGCGCAUUUGUUACAUUGAUGACACCGGGAACGGUCAUCUGGAAAAUCUUUGGAAAUCGGAAAGGAAAAGUGCACCUAAUGAGUCGUGAUUUAAUCUGUGAUAGUGAAACAUUGACAAAACUUCCGAAAUGUUCGAAACCAUUGGAUCAAUUUACUAAUGCUUUAUGUCCAUUUCUUCCAACAUUUCUUCUGGACAGUGACAACAGUUGGAAGCAACGACGAAAUGUGUUUUCUUUCGGCAAUGAUCUAAUCAUUGAACGAAUAGGACAGACUUCGCCUGAUUUUCGUUUAGCAAGUAAACCAGGCAACAUUCUUUGGGAUGUGUUCGAGAUGAUUUCGAGAUAUUCGUUUCAGUUGGUUUUUAACCGUCCUCCAACGAACGAAGAAUUUAAUCGAAUCUAUCCCGGCUUACUUGAUAUCAACAGAAUUAUUAAACGAUUUACAUCGACGCCAGACGUCAAGAUUCGACAGAACUUUUAUGAUGAAGUUCUGAAGUUAAUUCAAGACAAUGAUAAAGAUUUUCUUUUUCAUAACUGCGAAGCAUUUUUUCAAAUGGAAGAGAUUCAUCAAGUUUCAUCGGUCGCCGAAGAUUUUCUUACGACAAUCUCCGUUCAAUGUACCGAUCUUGUCUGUCACAUGCUUCUCGUCUAUUCCGAACACGCCGAUGAUUUUCAAAAUCAAUUUGACAAUGCUUUGAACGAAACACUUCGCUUGUACCCAUUGACUGACCUGUGGGUGCGACAACCGUAUGGAGGUCAACGAGGAUGGAUUACUUCGUUGGUUCAAUUAAAUCGAAAUGGUUGGGCACAACCUGAUGCAUUCUCUUGCGAACGAUGGAAUUUACCUAAACAUCCUCCACUGAUGUCAUGGGGCUUUGAUAUUCGACGAUGUCCAGCACAGAAAUUGGCAACCAACGUUUCGAAAUUAGUUUUUCAAACGAUCGUUAAUCAGGAAGGUUUCUGGAUAGAGCCAGCUGCGAAUUUCCAACAUGAAAGAACGUUUCCGUAUGGUUGUCAGGCGUGGAUAGGUUACGGUGAAAAACCGAAGAAUGCUCGUCGAUGGAAGUUUGAAAAUAAACUUCGAAUGCAACUACGCAGAUGGCUAUGCGAGAAACUACGAAUGAUUGAUCAAAAUGAAUUGAACUGA